UCCCAUGAGGCCAGGCUGCUUACUGGUAAUGCAUAAAGGACCACAUCCUGGUUCGCGAAGAGUUUGAGGGUAGAGGAAAAGGAGGGAGAAACUGAUCCUUCAUCACAGGAGUAUUGAAUAGUUGGGAAUUGGAACCCCUCCAAGGGGAACCAAACAUUGUCGUUCAGAAGAAGACAAAGAGAGAUUGAAAUGAAGCUGUUGAUUUCAACACACAAAUUCUGGUGGUAGAUGAAAGCAAAGCAAGUAAGUUUCUCCGAAUCCCUAGUCAACUGGAGGUAGAGACGGACUGCGCAGGUUAACUACAGCUCCCAGCAUGCCUGAGGGGCGGGCUCAGCGGCUGCGCAGACUGGCGCGCGCGGACGGUCAUGGGACUUCAGCAUGGCGGUGUUUGCAGAUUUGGACCUGCGAGCGGGUUCUGACCUGAAGGCUCUGCGCGGACUUGUGGAGACAGCCGCUCACCUUGGCUAUUCAGUUGUUGCUAUCAAUCAUAUCGUUGACUUUAAGGAAAAGAAACAGGAAAUUGAAAAACCAGUAGCUGUUUCUGAACUCUUCACAACUUUGCCAAUUGUACAGGGAAAAUCAAGACCAAUUAAAAUUUUAACUAGAUUAACAAUUAUUGUCUCAGAUCCAUCUCACUGCAAUGUUUUGAGAGCAACUUCUUCAAGGGCCCGGCUCUAUGAUGUUGUUGCAGUUUUUCCAAAGACAGAAAAGCUUUUUCAUAUUGCUUGCACACAUUUAGAUGUGGAUUUAGUCUGCAUAACUGUAACAGAGAAACUACCAUUUUACUUCAAAAGACCUCCUAUUAAUGUGGCGAUUGACCGAGGCCUGACUUUUGAACUUGUCUAUAGCCCUGCUAUCAAAGACUCCACAAUGAGAAGGUAUACAAUUUCCAAUGCCCUCAAUUUGAUGCAAAUCUGCAAAGGAAAGAAUGUAAUUAUAUCUAGUGCUGCAGAAAGGCCUUUAGAAAUAAGAGGGCCAUAUGACGUGGCAAAUCUAGGCUUGCUGUUUGGGCUCUCUGAAAGUGAUGCCAAGGCUGCGGUGUCCACCAACUGCCGAGCAGCGCUUCUCCAUGGAGAAACUAGAAAAACUGCUUUUGGAAUUAUCUCUACAGUGAAGAAACCUCGGCCAUCAGAAGGAGAUGAAGAUUGUCUUCCAGCUUCCAAGAAAGCCAAGUGGUCUCACUGUCACCCAGGCUGGAGUGCAGUGGCACAAUCUCGGCUCACUGCAACCUUUGCCUCUUGGGCUCAAGCCAUCCUCCCACCUCAGCCUCCCAAGAACUAGAAUUCAACAAAGACAACUUUUGAUCUCUCAUCAGAGAGAUCAUACUCCCAAGAACAGGCUUUGACCCUUCUUUAGAAGGUUGGUACCCAAGUAUACAUUUAUCUAUUUUAAGCUCAAAAUGCUUAACAGGAUGCAUGUUCAAUUUUUUGCAAUGUCCCACCUUAAUUUAUGAAUUAGUGAUGUACCAGUUACAGUUGCACCAGAUACAGUAAGAUUUUCAUGUUAUAGAAAGGAGGUAAAAUUAUUUGCAGAUACGACUGUCUUGGAAAACUCGUGAAAUAAAUGGGAAAAAAGUAGAAAUAUAGGUACCUUUCAGCUUACGUCCAUUUACUAUACAUUUGUGUAGUAUGUGUUUGCAGUUGUGCCUGCUUUCUAUUCAUACAUGUUUAUGCCAUUGUUCAUGAUAGUAGGGCAUGAUGGCUGAUCACCAGUGAAUAGCAGAGGCAAGUUUCCUUCUAAUAUUUACUUUCGUUAGAAUGAACCACUAAUUUAAUUGCUACAGGAUGCCAAUACCUCUGCCAAACCAAGAUGAAGUUUGGCAGAGUGGCCAAUUGUAUAAAUACACAAAAACCAGUUUUGAUUAAUAACCUGUUAAGUAAUUUUAAAAGAUGACACUAUUCACAAAGACAUAAAUUACCAAGAAAUGUGUAGGGCCUCUAUAAAGAAAACUUAAUGAAAGUAAUAAGAGAAUAAAGGGAAAAUAAAGACUAGAAUACAUGGAGAGAGACAUUCUGUUUUCUUGAAUAAGACAAAUUGUAAAUCAAAUUCUCCCCCAAAUUACGCAUUUAACAAAAUUUAAAAUCAAAAUGCCUAUAAGUAUUUUUUGUUUUCUUGUUUAUGUAUUUGGUCUUUGGACUUGGUAUUCUCAAAGAGUAAAUAUGAGAAUUGGAAAUUUCAGGAAAAAACCUAAUGGGAGGGACUUACAAUGCUGAAUGUUACAGAGUAUAACAAAACUCUAGUACUGUAAUUAAAACUAAUUGGUGCAGAAAUUCAGAACAGUGAAAAGAGCAGGAAGUCCAAGAUCAUACUUUAGAUAUAGGAAGAAAUGAUGGAUUGAUUGUUCAGUAAGUGAUACUGAAAUAAUUGGUUAUCUAUUUGGGAGAGGCAGUACAGCAUACCAGUUAAGUGCAUAGGGGAAAGAAAAACUAAAUGCAUUUAAAGCCCUACUUGCUAGUACUCAUUAGCUAUGACCUUGGGCAAAUUAUGUAACCUCCCUGUGCCUCACUUCAUCUGUUCUCCCUACCUGUCACAUUAUUGCAAGGAUUAAGUAGGUUAGUAUUUGUGGAAGGCUUACUUUGAACAGGGCCUGUCAUAUAAAAUGUACCAACUACGGCCAGGUGCCAUGGCUUACACUUGUAAUCCCAGCCCUUCGGGAGGCCAAGGAGGGCAGAUAACUUGAGGUCAGGAGUUCAAGACCAGCCUGGCCAACAUGGCAAAACCCCGUCUCUACUAAAAAUACAAAAUCAGCCAGGCAUGGUGGCCCAUGCCUGUAAUCCCUGCUACUCGGGAGGCUGAGGCAGGAAAAUUGCUUGAACCCGGGAGGUAGAGGUUGCACUGAGCUGAGAUCGCACCACUGCAUUCCAGUCUGGGCGACAGAAUGAGACUCUGUCUAAAAAAAAGAAAGUACCAACUAUUUUAUUAUUUAUUACUUCAUUAUAUUAAUUUAAAUAUUGAAGUGUCAGCUAUCAUUUAGGAAAAAACUAAGUCAAAUCUCUAUCUCACACCCAAUACACACCCAUAGUAAAUCCAGGUAGAUUAAAGAUUUAAAUUUUUUUAAAAACUUGUAAAAUACUAGAGGAAAAUGUAAGUUAAUUAAAAAAAUAAUAAUCUUGGAUUGCAAUAGACCUGCCAAGCAUGGUCAUCAAAGCCAGAAAACAAAGUUUGAUUGAUUUGUCUCUACAUAACAACAAGUAGGAAAGUACAUUUACAAUGCAUAUUCCAGGAAGGUUUCAUAUGCUUAGCUUUUAAGAAUUUUUUUUUUUUAAAUACCCAACAUGACAUGCUGUUAGCAUCCACAGAGAUCCCCAUUCCCAGGGUGGUGUACCUAUAUUGCCAGUGCUUCAGAUGUUGGGUACUAAUGACUUCACCCUUUUCCAGAGGAUUGUCCUGGGCUGAUGAGAGUCACUUUACCUGAAGAUACCUGGGAAGUUUUGUCUUCUCUGAGGUUGGCCCAUGGCCAGUGACUGAUGCAGGACAUUACAGCCUUGCCCACUGGCCUCGGUGGUACAAUUUAUGCUCCUUAGCACCCCACGGGAUUACGCUGUGUUUGGAUUUCUCCUGAAAACCACAUAUUUGCCUCUUCUUCCCUGUUCUGUUUUUUCUCAUUCCCUUAUAGAGGACUCUCAGUAAGUCACUUACACAAGAAUCCUAAUUUGAAAUGCUGCUUCCAGGAGACCUGACUUAGAAAAUUGGACAAAUAAAGUUGAUUUUUUUAAAUGUCCAGUAACAUGAAGAUGCUGAACUUUCCUAGUCAUUUAGGGGGAAAUCACCACAAAUAUAUCUGGCUGAUCAGGUUGAAAGUUAAAAGAAAAAAAGAUUUAUAAAGUGGAUAUUUUCAAGAUGGUGUGGAGGGAGAUACAAUUUGAUGCAAGUCUUAUACUUUUGAUGUCAAUUUAUUCUUCAGAAAUAACUGGUUAAUUAUAAAGGGUGGAUGGAUAAGGAUAUUCACUGCAACAAUGUCUUAAAUGUGAAAAUGGAAACAACCUAAAUACCCAAUAAUAACAGGAUUAAAUAAUUCAUUGUACAUUAAAAUAAAAUAAUACUGUCUAUAAAGAUGUCUAGAAUAAGUUGUUCAGUUGAAGUUGUAAAGCUAAAUACACAAUACCCAUAAUGUGCACAGAAAUAAUCAGAAUGUCAUGAAACCAGGAUUAUUGGUGAUGUGUUGCUUCCUUUGUUACUCAUUUCUGUAUUGGCAUAAUGAGUAUUGGGUGUUCAAGAGGAGGGGGAAGGAAGUAUGACAAAUGUUAUGGGGAAAAAGCAAAGUACAACAGGAAGACACCUUGGGGGAACUAAUAGAAUCUAAGGACUCAAGGAUGGCUUCCUGGAGGAAAUACAGCUAGACCAAAGGGGAGGAAUGAGAAGUGAUGUGAUGGCGUGGAGUGGGCUGUAGUGGGAAGAAGAGUCUUCCAGGGAGCUGGCACAGUAUGUGAAAACAGUAAAGCAAGUGCCUGGAUUUUUUAAGGAACUGAAAAUUUAGUUGAGUUGAAAUUUAGAGUUUGGCUAGGAAGGUUAUGAGAGAUAAGAAUAAAGAGUUAACAGCAGCCAGAUUUUAAGGAUUUUAUAAGACAUUUUUAGGAGUUUUUAUUUCAUCCUGAGAGAAAUGUGAAGCCAUCGAAGGGUUGAAAGAGGAGAGUGAAUUGAUAAGCAUUGCAUUUUAGAAAAAUCCCUCUAUCUGCAACUUGAAAAACAUUCUGGAGGUAAGCAAGCCUGGAGGCCAGGAGCCUAGGAGGGCUAUUUGAUCCAGAUGAGAAGUAAUGGUGACCUGAACUAGGGCAGAGGCACCUAGGAUUGGAAAACAUGGACAGAUCACAGCACUACUUAUGUAGUAUACUUGGUAAGACCUGGUGGUUGUUUAAAAGAGAAGGAUGAGGGAAAGAAGGUCAAAAACAACUUCUAGGACUCUCCAUUGGCCAGUGUGGUGUGCCCUUCACUGAAGAGCAAACACAAAAUGAAAGAUUGUGGGCAAAGAGUUGAGUCAGUGAGAAGGCAAGGAGAGAACCUUAUAAAAAAAAUGACUAUGUGAUUAAAAACUUAAAAAUUUCCCCCAACGUGUUUAUCUUUUCCAUUAGCAGAAAUAAUUAAGAGUUGUCUUAAUUCUAAUGGGAUUUAUUCCAUAUUGUCUCUCAUGCCCUCUACCUAGUUAUUAGUGCAAAUAUUUAUAUGUGGCAACAUAAAACUUUUUAACUCUUUAUUCUCUUCUCUCGUGUACCCUCCCAGCUCUUUAGGGGAGGUGGAUUUGAGGCAGAUACCAUAAAGAAAAGUUGGUCACAUGGUGGUAACACGUUGAAGUUAUGCCACAUGAGACAUCAGCACUGGCAAGAGAAAUGUCUGUGUUGUAGAUGUUUCACUUGGAAGAAAUUGAAGGACCCUGAGCCUUAAAAGUCUGACAAACUUAAGCCAGGACCCCUGUGGGGAAGGUAGAGGGGCCAACAAACAAGAUUGGGAGUCAGAGAGAUAACAGUGAAAUCCCCAAUGCCUGUGGGAGGUGGACUCCCUGGAUUAGUACUAGAUAGAAAAGGUACAAAAAUAUUUCAAACCAUUCUCACAACUCUAUAUGUGUCUAUGACCAGAUAACUGGAAGACCUUCUGGUUAUGGACUAUGCGUAUACACUCUCCCAGAUAGUUAGAGGCAUAUCUAAGAGGUUAACAUAUAUAUGAUCUUAUCCAAAAUGGGUCUCUUGGUGCUAGUGUUUCACAUCAGACUUCACUGGCUUUCAUGUAUUUCCACAAGUGCCAAACAUUUCUCAUAUCCUUGCUGUAUUCCAUAGAGCAGUGUUCCUGCUACCUGGAACACUUGAUUCUUGAAUAACUCCUGUUUACCUUUCAGACAAACCCUAAAGGUUACCACCUCAAAAAAGUCUUUAUAGAAGCCUCAUCAUCUUAGACACUCUGUAUUGUUUCCUUCAUCGUAUUUUCAACAGACAGAUACUGUGCACUUACUGCCUCACUUAACGACAGGGAUACGUUCUGAAAGGUGCAUCAUUAGGCGGUUUUGUUGUGUGAACAUCACAGAGUGUUACUUACACAAACCUAAAUGAUACAGCCUACUAAACACCUAGGCUAUAUGAGCAAUACAGCCUAUUGCUCUUAGGCUUCACACUUGUACGACAUGUCACUGUACUGAAUACUGUAGGCAACUAUAACACAAUGGUAAGUAUAUUGUGUAUCUAAACAAACAUAGAAAAGUAAUGCACUGUACUAUGAUGUUACAACAGCUAGGAUGUUGCUAUCAAUAGAAAUUUUUCAGCUUCAUUUUAUUUUUAUGGGACCACCUUUGUAUAUGUGGUUCAUUGUUGGCCGAAACACCAUUCUGUGGCACAUGACUAUGUAUUUAUUCCUCAUUAUUCCUUUAAUAUUCAUCUCUUCCAGGAGGGCAUGUCAUGGACAAUCUCUUUUUCUUACCACAGGUCUUAGGACCUGGCCUAGCACCUGGCCAAGAACUACUGGCAUACCUCCUUUUAUUGUGCUUCAAUUUAUUGUGCUUUGCAAAUACUGAAUUUUUUGCAAGUUGAAGAUUUGUGGCACCUCUGUAAACAGCAAGUCUAUUGGUGCCAUUUUUUCAACAUCAUGUGCCUGUUUCUUGUCUCUCUCAUGUCACAUUUUGGUAAUUUUCACAAUAUUAAAAACUUUUUCAUUAUUAUUA